AUGGCCGCCACCAAACCGAUCAAAGACGUCGUGGGCGUCGCGAAGAAAUACACCCAGCAAAGCACCGGCAUGUACGAGCGCAUCCGACGGUUCUUCGCGGUCGACCCCGACCGAAGCAACGGCAUCCCGGUACGACACUUCCGCAACCCACCUCCAGGCGGGCUCGACCCGCUUGCCUACGACGAGGCGGUGACGACGCCAGCGGCCGACAUCGCAGACAACCCGUAUUGGAAGCGAGACGUGCGCAGGGCGUACCCCAAACUGAGCACCGUGACGCAGGGCGACUCUGUCGGGCUGUUGUCCAUCGGGAGUGCCGCCGCGCCCAGUCCCAAGCUGCUUGCGGGAGAGGAAGGGUCAAAACAGCUCGUUGCGGUCAAGGAGCAAGGUCAGAAGGGCCUGGCGGCUUACUUUGAACAGGAGAAGGGUGCCGCUACCGUGUUAGGCCAGGAUGGUUUGCCGCCUUUGCCGGUUGCGGUCAGAUCGAAGAGUGUCACGGCGGAGAAAUAUGAGUUGGGACACACCGCUUAUGGUGAAGAGUAUGUUCUUGCACGAGGGGGACUCGUCCCCCGUUUCUCUCUUCUCGCCUCGCUCUUAUCUGGGUUGUUUUGCUAA